CAGGGACCAAAUAGCGGAGAAAACCGAAAAAUCCCUAUCCCCACCAUGGACCCAGACGUGGAAACCCUCGCCGACGACGACGCACUCGCCGGUGACGGCGGUGAGGCCGAUAGAUUCGAGGCGGAGGCGGAGGCCGAACUCCUUCGUGACCGCUUCAGGCUCGCCGUCAUCAACAUCGCGACUUCUGAAGGCAAGAAGGCGGGCAUGGAGGUUGCGGGUCCCGUCAUCGCCUGCAUCGCCGACUUGGCCUUCAAGAGCGCAGAGCAGCUGGCUAAGGAUGUUGAGCUGUUUGCACAGCAUGCUAGUCGUAAAUCCAUUAGGAUGGACGAUGUUAUCCUCACAGCGCAUAGAAAUGAGCAUCUUAUGGGCAAGCUGCGAACAUUUUCUCAAAACCUGAAAGGAAAAGAGCCUUGCACCGGGAAGAAGAGAAAGAAAACAUCCAAGAAGGACGAUAACUUGACCGUUAUCUGAUCUCAGAUAUUAUCCUUAUCCCUAAUUGUGCAAGAGUGUAGGCUGAAUUGACACUGCAGGAGCACCCAAAAUACCCACUAACUGGUACUCAACGCAUUUGGAGAUCGCGUGCAUGUACAAUGUUACCAGGUUUAUACAUCACAUUUGUCGCUCUGUUUUGAAACUGUUGGUGUCAAGUAGUAUUGGCAUAUUUAGAAACCUGUUGUUGCACGAAAUUUAUGUGCUGCCAUAGUCAAUGUUCCCAGGUUUAUCCGUCA